AUGCCUCUUCAAGCCUUUAACCCUCCCAAUUAUCAUCCUCAAACGUUUGACUUCCCCAGCUCACAACCUCUUCCUUUUAAUAGUGCUUCCUAUCUUUACCCUCUUAAACCUGCUAAACCUUCUCCCUCCACACGACCACCUCCUGUUCCUCAACCACCUCCUGUUCCUUGUCCCCCACAACCACCACCUCACCCUCACUCACCUUCCACAUCUUCUAAUCCUAUUCUCACCAUGCUUGAUACCUUGCUUCAAGCUCCUGAUUCUUCAAUCUUUAUGGUUAAACCCGAAAAUCCAUCUACUUCUCAGACUACACCGCCUCCUCCACCUCCUGAAAAUCCUGAUCCUCCUCCAGAUUUACCUCCUGACCCUUAUUUUUCAGAUCCUGAAAGUCUGCCUGGUCCUUCACCACCAAUUUCCAUUUCACGCCCUUCCUCUUCUCAUUCUUUCACCCUUGAUGAUAUUCCACCUAGUAAAUGGAAAGAACGCCUUGAUGAACUUUUUGCCUGGUGUGUUACUCAAUUACAAGCUCCUCAAGCGGAUACUGCUACUGUCAUCAACCGUGAGACUAUUCACUUUACAGGUCGUUUAUGA